UUUUUUUCAGCCUUGACAGCCUUUAUGCCCUUUAUUUCCUUUUGUGCAUUAUACAGUCUCAUUUGGGCCGCUGCUUUGCUCUUUUUUUUUAUCCAACCAACCCCCCCUCUCAUUUACCCUCCCCACUCUCCGUCUUCCUCGUCUUCCUGAGAGGUAUAUAAAGAGCAGAUGUUCGCCGUUCUCUUUCUCUUCGUUCAUUCAUCCAAAACAUCAACAGUUUUUAAUAACAAUUAUCCAACCACUUUAAACUUAAUCUAUUGUAUAUCUACUAUUUUUUGCAAUUCUAUUAGCGUACAUUAAAGUUAAUAGUUUUUAUAUAGAUUUUUCGGUACACUUGCAGAAUAUAAAAUAAUAAUGGAAGGCCAGUACCACGAGCAUUCCAAGUCGGCCCUGCCUGACCAUCAAAUCUCCAUGCCUGAGCCUGUUGACUACGAGGUCUCCCCCGCUUCUUCUUCCUGGAGCGAUCCAAUGAACUGGCCGGUUUUCGAUUUCCGGUACAAAUACCGCGAGUACUUUGCCGAAUUCUGGGGCACAUUCAUCCUGAUUCUUUUUGGCAACGGUGUGGUUGCCACGGUGACUGUGAACACAAGCAAUGCCGCAUCCUCCUACCUGGCCAUCAGCUUCGGCUGGGGCAUUGGUCUGACCAUGGCUCUCUACGUCAGCAUGGGUAUCUCCGGCGGCCAUCUCAACCCGGCUGUCUCUGUGGCUAACGCUAUCUUUGGCAAGUUCCAGUGGCGCAAGGUUCCUGGCUACGUGCUUGCACAGGUCCUCGGUGCAUUUGUUGCCGCUGCCACUGUCUAUGGUAUUUUCAAGAGCCAGUUUGAUGAGUUUGAUGGCGGCAACCGCCAGCUUUCCGGCGAGUUCGGUACCGGCGGUAUCUGGUGCACUUACGCUAAGGAUGGUAACGGCAAGUUCUUCUCUGCGUUCUCCGAGAUUAUCAACACUGCUGUGCUGCUCUUUGUCAUUUACGCUAUUGGCGAUGACCGGAUGACCCCGGCCAAGAACCAUUUGCCGAUUGCCAUUGGUCUGCUGGUGUUCGCUAUUGGAAACUGCACGGGCUGGGUCACCGGAUAUGCUAUUAACCCGGCGCGUGAUUUUGGACCUCGUAUCUUCUCGACUAUUCUCUAUGGCUCGGAGCCGUUCACUGCUGGUGGCCACUACUUCUGGGUGCCCACCUUCAUGCCUUUUGUUGGCGCCGUUGUUGGUAUCUUCUGCUACCAGUUCUUCAUCCUGCCCGAGAGCAAGAAGAGAAACUAAAUAAUUUUCUGAUAUCGUAUAAUUUUCUUUUAGAACGCCUACCCCCUUACCUUCCCUGUAAUACUAAUUCAAUACAACAAUAUUUUAUUGCUACAAA